UCUCUCCCUUCUUUUUCUUCAUCUUCUCCUUUUUUUUUAAUUUUUUCCCUUUCUGGCUACUAUUACUAUUCUACCAUUUAUUUCUUUUAUUUUAAAUCCUUCUCCUCUCGUUCACCCCACGCUCCAUCUCCACGUUAUUAGGGUUUCUCCGUCUCUCUAACGAACCGGUUGCUCCUGGAACAGCGUCGCUCGGCGAAACUGGAGGUUUUCCUCCAAGGAUAAAUCUGUUUCUUAAAUAUUCAACAAGAUGGGCUGCUUCACCAUUUGGAACUAUAAGAAGAAGAAAAGUUGGCAAUUUGUUAACAAGAAACCUAUUAGUAUUAAGGAGAAUACAGCUACUACACUUCCUGAACCAGAAUCUCAUGGCCCAUCGCUCCAGUCAGCUCCUCCAAGUUUCAGAAACAGAACUAAAUCUGCCCAAUCAGCCAGUCGAGUACCCAACAGCAGAGCACGAGCAUUAUCUGCUCCUUCUAGCCUUGUCGUGCCAGAUCAGGAUGCUUUCUCAUCGAUAGAAUUGGAUGACCAAGAAGAAUUUAGGGGAAGAGGAGGAUCAGUAAAAGAACAGCGAUGUACAAAUCCCCUACCUCUCCCUUUACCAUCACCACAGGGAACCUCUGCUUCGAAGAAUAUGGGGAGUUUCAAAUUGAGCAAUGCCAGUGGCCCAAUUCUAACUUCUGGUCCUCUGCCUUUGCCUCCAUCAGGGGAAGGAGGGCUUCGGAAUUUCUCCUUCGAAGAGAUUUUGUCUGCUUGCCAACAAUUCUCUGUUGACCGGUGUGUGUCAGAAGGUAUCUCAUCCACAGUUUACAAGGCAACGUUUGGUGAUGAUACUGUGGUUUCCAAGAGGAUUGAAGCCACAGUCACUCGUCUGCUGCCUUCCUCUCAGGGGUUGAAGGAAUUUGUGAAUCAGGUGAACACAUUAGCCAACUUACAGCAUCCUCAACUUUGUAAACUGCUUGGUUUUCAUGCAUGCGAGGGCUCUGAUGAACGGACGUUGGUAUAUGAGAGGCUUCACCAUGGAAGCUUAGAUCGACUGCUUUACGGGAGAUCUGAUGGUCCUUCCAUUGACUGGGGUACACGGAUGAAAGUAGCCUUCUGUGCUGCACAAGGUCUUGUAUUUUUGCAUGAAGAAGGGCCUUUUCAGGCCAUGUACAAUGAGUUUUCAACUUCAAAUAUACAAAUCGAUAAAGAUUUCAGUGCGAAGCUAUCAGGAUAUGGAUGUGUGAGCUGCACUCCAGAGACAGAUAUCACAAAUUGCACUGCUGCUACUGCAAAUCUAUCUGUGGAGACCUUGGAGAAAGGAUUGCUGACUCCCAAGAGUAAUGUAUGGAGUUUUGGCAUAGUCCUUCUUGAACUGCUGACCGGCCGGAAGAAUCUUGACACCCGAUAUCGGAAAGAAGAGAGGAACAUCAUCAAAUGGAGCAGACCCUUUCUUGCUGACGAUUGCCUUCUAUCCCUUAUCAUAGACCCCCGCAUCAAAGGUCGUUUCCCUCCCAAAGCUGCCCGAACUGUUGCUGAUAUUGCCCAGAAAUGCCUUCAGAAGGAUCCUUCAGAGAGGCCUACCAUGAGGACCAUCGUGGAAUCCCUCAAGAGUGUUCAGGACAUGAAAUACCCUUGCCGGUUUCGCCUGCAAGAACCAUCUGCUGUUGCAGGCAAACAGAUGCUGAAGUCUCCCAGCCUCAAUGGAAUCAUCACCGCACCACGCCAAUCAAAUUUUUCACCUUCACCCCCAUCAAGAAUCCAACCAUUGCAUUCACCGAGAACAUCUGUAACCAUGCCUCCUCCCCCUCAAACUUGUUCUGCUCUUUCAUUGGAAAACAAUAGCAUAAAUGCUGUUAGGAAGUCACCUUCAGCCACACUACGGAGGCCUGGGUUGGAAGGGUUCUAAUUGUCCAUAGAUUUUUCUCUUAUUACCUUUGGUAUUUUCAUUAUUUUUCUUACAUUUUGUAAUUUGUAUUUCGAUUACAUAUAUAGAAAAUAUAAGAUUUCUGUUCAUCUGCCC